UGCAAGUGCAAUGAAGUGUAUUUACAAGAAGCUCUCCAAAUAAGUUACAUCCUAUGAAACUGAUUAAUUAGUGCAUUUUCUGAAUAAAAAGUCACAAAUUUUAAAGGGCUUGGCCCUUUUAAGCAGCCAAUAGCCUUAUAGUUAACGUGGUUAGAAGUCGGAAGUGCAUUCUUAUUCUAGAGAACAUUGACACAAAGCUGUAUAUGCCCAUAAAAUACACCUCCCAUAUAUCUGUUAAAAACAAAUGAACUAAAAACACUACUCUAAACAAAUUAUGGGUUGUUUUAAGUCAUGACUGGGUCAAAUGUGGACCCAAUCAUGGAAACAACCCUGCAAUUGAGUGGAGCAUGUAAAUUGCCUUAAUGGCUAAGAAAGAACUGCCAUAAAACAUAUGCAAAACUCUUAUUUGUCGUUUUUAAGUAUACAUUUUAAAUAGUUUUAUACUAUUUUUCUUAUCAGAUCAGACUGUGAGCAACAGUUUCCAGACUGAGUCGGUGGGUUGUAACAUAUGGCGACACACUGUACCUUUAAGGAGGAGGCGUGUCUGCGCAGAGAUGACGCAGUAAUAAUAAUGAAAGGAUGCUUCAAAAUUCCUCCCAGACUGCAGCUUGUGUAGUGAGCAGCAGCAGCUUUCACACAUCCUAACAAGAGUAAUACACUGGGAAGCGAAGAGUUAGCCAGAGACCCAGAGAAGACACCAGACAGGGGAAGAGUGUCCUGGAGAGACCUUCACUCACGACAAACUCUCAGUCAUUAAAAGAAAGAGUGGGAGAUUUUGACAUACAAAGUUUAAUUGAAGGAUACGUCUUAAUUGAAUAACCAGAAAGAAAAGAAAACUUCCAAAAAUCUUUGACUCACUGCAAAAGAUACUUAGUUCACUGAACAGUUUAAAGAGGCGACAUGUCAUGUUUUAUGUCACUCUGUCUGUCCAUUUGGCUAGCAAUGAUAAUGGCCGGCAGGACAAGUGCACUGAAUGAGAACAUCGACGUGCUGGUCUUGUUGCCUUCAAAUAACACAUACAUGUUCUCAUAUCAAAGAGUUUCUCCGGCUAUUGAGUAUGCGAGAAAGUCCCUUGACAGAGGAGAGCUUGUCGCGGGAUUGAAAUUCACUGUGCACUAUAAGAACUCCUCGUGCGGGAUGGAUGCGCUGUACGCGCUCGUGGACAUGCAGAGAGACGAGCGUCCCGACCUGGUCCUCGGUCCGGUGUGCGAGUACUCUGCCGCGCCGGUGGUGAGAGUGGCAUCGCACUGGAACAUCCCGGUGAUCUCAGCAGGUGCUCUUGCCACCGGCUUCGCGGCAAAAAACAGUGAGUUCUCGCACCUCACGCGAAUCGCUCCAACUUACCUGAAAAUGGCGGAGACGUUCCAGGCGAUGUUCGGACAUUUCGGCUGGAGAAGCGCGCUUUUGAUUUACGACGAUGAUAAAGAUGAGAGGAACUGUUACUUUACGAUGGAAGGGGUUUAUAAUGUCCUGAUAGACCACCACAUUACCGAUCACGCUGUUUUGAACCCACAUGAAGAGAGAGUUGACGCCGACGACAUCAUGAAGUCAGUCUACGGGAGCGAAGUUAUAAUCAUGUGCGCCAAAGCCGACACAAUACGAGAUCUCAUGCUGGCUGCUCAUCGACGAAAAUUAACCAGCGACAGCCACAUCUUCUUCAACAUCGAGCUCUUCAACUCAUCUUCCUAUGGGGACGGAUCCUGGAGGAGAGGUGACAAACAUGACAAUGAGGCGAAAGCUGCCUACAGCUUUCUUAACACCGUCACAUUACUGAGGUCCACCAAGUCAGAGUUUAAGAAGUUCUCAGUAGAAAUGAAAAAGUCGCUACAGCAAUCGAACAUCCCUGUAUGUGAAGACUGCAAUGCUGUAAAUAUGUUUAUGGAGGGGUUCCAUGAUGCUUUGCUUCUGUAUGCAGUUGCAUUGCGCGACGUGAUGAGUAACGGUCUCACCAAAAAGAAUGGAUUGGACAUCACACACAGCAUGUGGAACAGGACAUUUGAAGGCAUUGCUGGCCAGGUGUCUAUAGAUGCCAAUGGUGACCGAAAUGGGGAUUUCUCAGUCGUUAGGAUGACUAACGUAGAGGCCGGCACCCAUGAGACUGUCAUGAGCUACUUUGGCACUAAUGGAAGUUUCCAGAUUAUGCCUGGCUUUAAGAGGGAAUGGUUUUCCUUGCGAACAUUACCAGAGCCCCCAGCUCCAACGCAGACCGACCCAUCAUCAGGUGGACUAGGUGUAUCGGCAGUGACUGGGAUAAUUGUGGGGGGAAUUCUGGGAAUUUCUCUCCUCCUGGCAUUCUACUUCUUUAGGAAGAAUUACAGGAUAACAAUCGAGCGAAGAACACCUCGAGAAGACUGUGAUAUCGGGAAGCACCGUCAGCUGCGGGAGGACUCAAUCAGAUCCAACUUUUCAGCAGCGUAGUCUGAUGUCGCGCACCGGAUUGUGAGGUGUUCCAAUCGGAGGGAAGGUGCAUCUCAUAUGGGCCGCUGGGCUCAUCAAACACUAUCCCAGGAACCCUGAAAUAUUUAUAGACAUGCUGUAGUGUUUUAUCCUUGUAAAUGUCUCUUGCUCUUUAAUUCGUAAACUCAGGAAAGGUGAAUUAUCGGAGGAGAAGUGCUUUUAAAGCCUCUUGACUCCAUAAAGAAAAAGAGUCUGUUUUAUUUAGCUACAGACCCUUUUUUUCUUUUUGCCAAACUUGUCUUGAGAAAGACUGUAGAAGCCUGUCCGUUCUGUAGAAAAGAAUCGCCUGACGUGAGUCCGAGAAAGCUGCUGGGUCGGUGGGAAGAAGCGGUAAUGAGAUGUUGAGGAUUAUAGCAGCGAUACUCAGAACUAAAGCUAACUCUCCCUAGUGAUCCAGGAGGACAUGUUUGCUUCCUCUUCUACCUUUAGAGAAUAUCCAGUUGAACACACUGUUAAAGGGAUAGGUUCACCCAAAAAUGAAAAUUCUGCUGCCAAUUACUCUCAUGUCAUUCCAAACCCAUAUAACGCGAGGGGAGACAAUUUAAACAAAGUCGACGGUGCUUUUUUGUGUACAAUGAAAGUGAAAGGCGACUGAGACUGUAAGUCACUGACAUGCAGUACAGUACUGCCUAACGUUUCCUUUUGUGUUCCACAGUUAUUCAGGCUUGGAACGACCUGAGGGUGAGACUUUUUUUAUUUGUAACAAUCCUUUUAAAAGCAUCGAUUAUUUCUUCUGGAUUUUGUGUCAACUUAGGCAGGAGGUACUGAUGAAUAUGAAACUGACGUGAACCUUCAAAAUGAUGUUCCUCUCUGUCACCAAAUAUCUCAGCAAGUCUUGAUGUAUCAAAUUUGGCUGCAUGCUGAAACACUGAACUGUUACAUAGUUUUUAUUUAUUAUUAUAAAUUCAGAAUGACUUUUUGUGAGAAUUACGAACGAUUUCAUUAUUUGUUUUACAUUAUAGUCCCACUAGUUAAAGGGACAAUCCACUUUUUUUGAAAAUAUGCAAUUUCCAGCUCCCCUAGAGUUAAACAUUGGUUUUUACUGUUUAGAAAUCCAUUCAGCCGAUCUCUGGGUCUGGCAAUACCACUUUUAGCAUAGCCUAGCAUAAUCCUCAAAAAUACCCAUAGAGUUUCAUAAUUUUUCCUAUUUAAAACUUGACUCUUCUGUAGUUACAUUUAGGGAUGGGCACGGUUAUUCGAAUAUUCAAAUAUUCGACUGGCAAUAAUAACUUGAAUUUAAAAAAUGCUAUUCAAAUGUUUGUUUGUUUUUAAUGUGCCACCAAAGGGUUACGUCUUUUACAGACUUAAAUGUAAAAUAUACAUGAACAUACAUUUUUAUGUAUUUCUGAUUGUUUGGCAAUGCAGAUUGCAGACGAAUUAAAGUUUUUCCUUUUAUCUCCGGGUUUGUCCGGCGCGCCGUAUUUGGCCACCGGCUCAGUGAGGGCUCACGUGUUAUUAAACGUGCUUCUCCGCCGCCUGCAUCAACACAUCAAGAGAGAUUUGUAAGCUUUAUGUUACAAAGUCUUCUUUAUUUUGUUAAUAACAAGACAGACACUGAGAACGAAAUGAAACAGAGAACAUUUAUUAUAUGCGGUGCUCUUUCGAAAAUGAACCGGAUAACUGCACAUGGCAGUUUAAAAGCAAAGCUCCGUCUUUGUGAAAUGUUGGUAAAUUAAGCUAACGUUAGUAGCUUCGCAUAGUCAACAAUAAGGUUUCGAGCCAGCUUACGUUAUUUGUAAAAUAAUUUUAAAUACAGAUAUUCAAUCUUGUUCAAUCCGUCUGUUGUUUUUAUCGGAUAUCCAUCAUCACGCGGAAGAGUUUUCUCCGCAGCACCGGCAUUAUUGUAUCUAGUCAGAAGAACGGGCUUUCACCGAAGCAGGUAGGAUAAAUAUGGUUUUCUUUAUUCACAAAUACAUGUCAAACUAAACUGAGAAGAUAUUUAUAUGGCGACUGAGCAGUCGGUUAUGUAGAUGUGUUUUUUCGUUUGUUGCGGGCUGGUGUUUUGAGUCUGUUUAAAUGAUAGACUUUGUCAAGUCCUCAAACUUUAAACUUUGCAAGUCCUCAAACUUCGCUUAGAUUUGGGGUUAGUGUAUAAUAUUUGGUAUAAUAUAAUGUAUGUAAGAUCAAACAGUAAUGAAUUCAUACUAACGACCGACUUGAAACUAAGGAUUUGACUCAGACUUCGCUCCGCAUGGGGUUUUAACGCCUUUUUUUUCUGUAGGAUAUUUUUUAAGAAGAAUUU